AUGCCGGGAAUUUUUUUCGUGGCGACAGGCAUCUAUUCGAAUGUGCCACAAGGCGUGGCCUGGAAUGGCAAUAACAUAGGUGGCUCGACCAAACGCGGUGCUGGAAUUGCAAUGCACGUCGGUUUUGGAAGUCUGGGCGGUAUCAUCGCUUCUUACAUCUAUCGCACGCAAGAUGCUCCCAGAUACUUCUCUGGUCAUGGAAGUCUGAUUGGCCUGGUCACCAUGAGUACGUGCUUGAGCGUAUUCAUGACGCUUUAUAUGCGGAAAGAGAAUGAGAGGAGGGAUGCUGCGCACAAGGCACCAGAGCAGUAUACGGAGCAUGAGAGGACGGCGGAGAGAGAGAGAGGUGAUUGCGCGAGUUUCUUCCGGUAUACUGUCUGA